GUUUCCGUCCACCACGGCGCAGUGGCCGCUGCGCUCCUCCGCCACGCAGAACGGCUGCGAGUCCGCCAUCCGCGCCGUCGCCGGGUCCAGCCGCUGGGCGCGCCGCAGCCCCUGCCCACGGAGCGGCCUCUCCUCCCGCCGGGCUCCUCCACGCACGAACGGAACGCGUCGAGGGUCGAGAUUGGUGGGAAGGCGGAACGAGUGCGUCUGCGCCGUCCUGCAGCCCGCCCGGGAAGCCCGGCCCAGGCUGGCGUUGCCGUGAAGCCAUUAAGUACCUGACAGAAGCUCUUGAGUCUAUCAGUGAAGUAGAGCUUGAGGAUGCACUGGAAAAAAUCAUCGAUGCAGUUGAAAAGCAACCCUAGAACAUAUUUUCAAUAUCAUAGGAGCAUUUGAUAUUCCACGCUUUGUGUACAGUUCAGAAAGAAAAAAAUUUCUUCCUCUAUUAAUGACCAACCACCCUGCACCAAAUUUAUUUGGAACAGCAAGGGAUAAAGCAGAGCUGUUUCUUGAACGAUAUACCAUUUUACACCAGAGGACCCACAGACAUGAAUUAUUUACUCCUCCAGUAAUAGGUUCUCACCCUGAUGAAACCGGAAGCAAAUUCCAGGUAAAUGCACUUAUCAUUAUUCAGAACACAGCAGUCACUCUCUGUCCAUGGGGAAUAUGUUCCAAGACCCCCAGUGGAUGCCUCAAACCACAGAUAGUACCAAAACCUCUUAAAACAAUAGAAACCCUCCUGGGCAGUACAGCCAAAAUUGGAGAUGUGAUUGUUCUUGGAAUGAUAACCCAGUUAAAAGAGGGAAAAUUUUUUCUGGAAGAUCCUACAGGCACAGUACAACUGGAUCUUAGUAAAGCUCAGUUCCAUAGUGGCUUAUACACAGAGUCAUGCUUUGUUUUAGCAGAAGGUUGGUUUGAAGAUCGGGUGUUUCACGUCAAUGCCUUCGGAUUUCCGCCCACGGAACCCUCAAGCACUACUAGAGCAUACUAUGGAAAUGUGAACUUUUUUGGAGGGCCUUCUAAUACAUCUGUGAAGACUUCUGCAAAACUAAAACAACUAGAAGAGGAGAAUAAAGAUGCCAUGUUUGUGUUUAUAUCUGAUGUUUGGUUAGACCAAGGAGAAGUGUUGAGAAAACUUCACACCAUGUUUUCUGGUUAUUCACCAGCACCUCCAACCUGCUUUAUUAUGUGUGGUAAUUUUUCAUCUGCACCAUAUGGAAAAAGUCAGAUUCAAGCUUUGAAAGAUUCCUUAAAAACUUUGGCAGACAUAAUAUGUGAAUAUCCAAAUAUCCACCAAAGUAGUCGUUUUGUAUUUAUACCUGGACCAGAGGAUCCUGGAUUUGGUUCCAUCUUACCAAGGCCACCAAUUGCUGAAAGCAUCACUAAUGAAUUCAGACAAAGAGUACCAUUUUCAGUUUUUACUACUAAUCCUUGCAGAAUUCAGUAUUGCACACAAGAAAUUAUUGUCUUUCGUGAGGACUUAGUGAAUAAAAUGUGCAGAAACUGUGUCCGCUUUCCUAGUAGCAAUUUGGAUAUUCCUAAUCAUUUUGUAAAGACUAUCUUAUCCCAAGGACACCUGACUCCUCUACCCCUUUAUGUCAGCCCGGUAUACUGGGCGUAUGACUAUGCUUUGAGAGUGUACCCGGUGCCUGAUCUCCUUGUCAUCGCAGACAAAUACGAUCCUUUCACUCUGACCAAUACAGAAUGCCUCUGCAUAAACCCUGGCUCUUUUCCAAGAAGUGGAUUUUCAUUCAAAGUUUUUUAUCCAUCCAACAAGACAGUAGAAGAUAGCAAACUUCAAGGUUUUUGAGAUUCUUAUUAGAGUAUCUGAAGAAAGAAAAUUCAUCAGUUUCUAAUUAAUUUUAUAUUUAUGUGAUUUUGAGAAGUUCCAAUAAAAGUAUGAUAAACUCUA